AUGACUGAUGAAUUUGAUAUAUAUAAUGACGACAAUUUCGGUGCGAAUGGAGACCCACAUGACGAUUUGUAUGCAGAGAUAUUAGAAGAUGAUGACAGUCGUCCACUAAAGCGCAGUAGGAGAGAUAAUGACCUUAGUUAUGAUCACCCAGAUAUUCAUUCUGGUGUACAAGAAGAAAAGGACG